UCUGAAAUGCCAAAAAGAUCACAACACUUUUCACUACUUUUUCCACUUUUUUUCUCUCUCUUCUCUAUUCUUCCAAUUUCCAAGCACCAUGGCGAUGUUGUCAUCUGCCUCUCCAACUCACUUCCCAUCUUUCUCUCCUUCCAAAUCCAACCUUUCUUCCAAGCUCUUUCACUCCCUCACUCCGCGAAAGCUUCACUUCUUGGUCCACACCAGCGCUGCCGGGCAAGAAAAGGGGAGUGGACCUCCUGUUGCGGUUGAGGACUCUACUCUGAGCUCCAAUGGGUCGCCUGCAUCGGUGGCUGCCGGAGCUCCGGCGCCGGAGGUUGUCAGCAAGUUCCGAGAUCCUCGAUGGGUUGGAGGGAGUUGGGAGUUGCGUCAGUUUCAGACCGAUGGGAAGACCAAUUGGGAUGGUGUGAUUGAUGCCGAGGUUAAGAGGAGGAAAUGGUUAGAAGAUAACCCGGAGACAUCGAGCAACCAAGAUCCUGUGGUUUUUGACACUUCCAUUAUUCCUUGGUGGGCAUGGAUGAAGAGGUUCCACCUUCCUGAAGCUGAAAUCCUUAAUGGGCGAGCUGCAAUGGUAGGAUUCUUUAUGGCUUACCUGGUUGACAGCUUGACCGGAUUAGGCCUAGUGGAUCAAAUGGGCAAUUUCUUCUGCAAAACCUUGUUGUUUGUAACAGUAGGUGGAGUUCUUUUGGUCCGAAAGAAUGAGGACAUAGAAGCACUGAAGAAGUUUCUAGAGGAGACAACAUUCUACGACAAGCAGUGGCAGGCAAGUUGGAAAAAAGAGAUUUCCACCGACUCUAAUUGAUUAUUAAUUAAGCUUUAAUCUGUUGUAUAAGCUAAGGUUUCAGAAAUUUUAUAUGUUUAAUUAGUCAGUGCGACUGAAACUAAGUAUUUGUGUUCUUAAGAUCGAUGCAUUACAGUACAUCCUAUGUUCAUCAUCAUCUUCCUAGUUGAUUGAUUUUAUGAUGGCUGUUGUGUUGGAAAACAUUAUCAAAAUUCACAUUUCAAUUUGUCA